AUGACAAUGUCUUUUCCACUACUAACAGUCCUGCUUGCUCUGCAAUUCACCUUCCACUCUGUAUUGGCUUCUAAAGCUCUCCAGUUCGGCACCACUCUUGAAGACUAUGUCAAAUUCUCGCCUGAUAUGAGUCAGGUCAAAUCUUCUCUAACGGUAUGUUCAUGGGUAAAAAAGCAACUCCCAGGCGCCACUAGAUCUUGGAUUACCUACACAACAACAACGCACAGGUUCGAAAUCCUCAUUUCAGACGGUGGAUCUUACAACUACAUUCACGACAGCAAUAACGACCUGACAAGUAGUAUUCCAACAGUUGUGAUGAACACAUGGACUAAUCAAUGUCAAAGCUGGUCGCAGAGCUCUGGGAAGAUGAAGACUUACUAUAACGGUACCCUGGUUGGAUCUAAAAGCGUUUCCUCAGCUCCAUUAGAAGAGGGAGGUGUCAUCACUCUGGGACACGACGCUGGUAGCCCAGGUGAAAGUGAAAUAUUUGGUGGGCAGCUAAUGAAACUGGACAUAUUUGGAAAAGAGCUCAGUGCAGAACAAGUUUCAGAGUUAUACAACGCUGGGAGAUGUUCCAAUACAGAAAAGAAGCACCAGGAAGUUAGAUUCAUCACCUGGGAGAGCAUACUGAGUCAGGACAGGACUGGCAAUGUCACGGAAGUGGACUCUGGGUGUCCUGCUGAAGAGGAGGAAGAGGAGGAAGAGGAGGAAGAAGAUUGUAAGUGUUCUCACAGUAUCUGGGACAUACUGUAUGAUCAGACAUACUUUAACCAAACACUUACCGCCGAGAAUCUGACCAAGCUAAAAUCUGCCUGGAACAUGUUGGACCAUUUCGUCGGCACAUCAAUCACGGAGAACAUCAUAGCUCAUUUUAAGGCAUACCACCCUAUGCCAGCAGAGGAAGAGGACGAAGAAACAGAAGAGGGAGAUUGUGAGUGUUCUCACAGUAUUUGGGACGUACUGAAUGAUCAGACCUACUCUAACCAAACACUUACCGCUGAGAAACUGACCGAACUAAAAGCUGCCUGGAACAUGCUAGACCAUUUCGUUGGCACACCGAUCACAGAGAAUAUCAUAGCUCAUUUCAAAACCUACCACCCUAUGCCUGCAGAGGAAGAUGACAGCAGCUAAGAAAGAAAGAGAGAUCAUUAUAACUCACCGGUCCUACUACCACUACAAAGUAGAAUGUUCUUACAAUGGCUGCCUGGUUACUCAUUUGAAAACGAGGAUCUACUUUUUCUGCUACGUAUCAUGGGAUUAGUCUGGAUUCAGGACUUUAAAGCUUUAGCAACCGGUUUCCAUAACAGUAAUCUGUUUUAGAACAUUCUUAACAUUUAUGACUAUGUUUUACUGACUCUGAUUUUAUCAAGAGCCAUUUUUGAACACUAACAGUUAUUUUACUGACCCAUAUUUUGUAUCACGUGGUGACCCCCACGGUCGCUUCACCCCUGUAGAGUUUCGACGAUACAGGGGGAGCCGCGCACUUCGUGCGCGGCGGGUCAUACAACGUAUGACAACCCAUAUUAAUUAACUAAUUGAUAGCUAAUUUUGGCUAAUAUAAUGCCACUAUCAGUGUCGACGGACCUGAUUAAAAUAAGUUGUUUGAAAAAUGAAUAUUUAUAUUUUUUAACAUUUUGAAACGAAAAAAGAAAACAUUUUAAUAGAUAGUUCAAAUAAAUAGGUUUUUAACUUUAAGUUUAAAAAGAGGAUAUAUUU